AUGUUUCCGACACCGAGAAUAGACAAAAUCCUCGAAUGCUUACAGGGAUUAGGGGUAUACUCAGCAUUUGACUUCCCUGAGGCAUUUUUGCAGAUCCCAGCUCAUCCGGAGGACAGGCACAAAACGGCGCCCCACACCAGCACUCACAAGCUGGAGUUCGCUUGUAUUCCCUUUGACCUCGUGAAUGCAGCAGCUAAACUGCAGCGCCAGGUCAUUCACCACUUCUCGAAGCUAAUCACUGAGGAAUGGAUGGGGGAUGAAGCAGAUCCAGAAAGGACUGAGGCGAUUCAGAGGUGGCCGCUACUGUUCUACACGCCGACAGAGGUUAAUAAGUUCCUCGGCCUCGCCUCAUGCUACCGCAAUUUCAUUCCUAGAUGCGCUAGCACUGCUGUCCCUCUAACUGAUCCUAAGAAGGGCAAGUAG